AUGACGGCCAACAUCCCAAUCCCAUCACAUCUACACUUCCACUCCACGGAUGAGAAGAAAAUCUUCCGUUUUUCUCAGAAGAAGCGUCGUUUCUUCAGGAAUCCUCCCUGCCUCAGUUUCCCCCCACGCUCUACCCUCAGCGUCACCUCCAGCCUGGGGCUGCUGCUGACGGCCAGCGAGGCUGGCUCGGACACCUCCUACUGCUUCUCCUCGGUGGCCAAGAUCCAGGUGGAGGAGAGCUUCAUCCCGGAGCGCCGGGACAAGGACAGCCCGGCCAGGCCUGGCCUGCGGGGCAGAGUCUACGACUACUUCGCGCAGUCCACCUCCGAGUCGGUGUCCAGGCGGACGUCCCUGCCCUUCGUCCCUGCGGGGCCGCCCCGGCAGCGGGGCCGGGCAGAGCCGCAGAGCUGCGGAACCCAGCGGGAGAAUCCAGCUCUGGAAACUCCCCAUCCCGACACCUCCUCAGCUCCGCAGGAGGGCACGGAGAGCCCUCCAGAGCCGCCUUGCCCCGGCUGGAAAGGCAGCACCGCUGGGAUCGCCCCCCAGCUCCCGCUGCCCGGCGGAGCUCCAUCGCCGGCCCAGGUGUCGCAGCCCGGCCGGGUGCACCUGGGGAACUGCUCCGAGGUUCUGCGCGCAGCCAAGGCGCGGCAGCUGCGGGACGCGGCGCUCCAGGUGAUGAGCGCCCACCUGCUGCAGGUGCUGCGCUCCCCGGCCACCUACGGCCGCCUCAACGCCGGCGAGCGGGAGCUGCUCCCGGCGCUCCGCAGCCGCGGCCGGCCGCGCCUGGUGGUGGCCGACGUCCCCGCGGCCCAGCCCGGCCACCGCCGCGGCCGCCUCUGCUACUACGACGAGGACGCGGACCGCUGGUGCCAGCUGUGCCAGCUGCCGGCCGAGGUGUCCGGGCGGGGCUGCGCCGUGUGCUCCAUGUUCAACUACCUGUUCGUGGUGCCCGGCUGGGAGGGCGCGGGCCGGGCGCGGAGCCCCUCUGGCCGCGUGCUGUGCUACGACCCCCUGGGCGACAGCUGGCGCGACAUCUGUCCCCUGCGCCAGGCGCGGCCGCACUGCCAGCUGCUGGCGCUGGACGGACACCUCUACGCCAUCGGGGGCGAGUGCUUGGCCACCGUGGAGCGCUACGACCCCAGGCGUGACCUCUGGGCCUUCGCCGCCGCCCUGCCCAGGGACACCUUCGCCGUGGCCCACGCGGCCGCCACGUGCCACGGGGACAUCUUUGUCACCGGGGGCACGCUGCGCUCGCUGCUGCUGCGCUACGACGCCCGCCGGGACAGCUGGACCGCCAGCCCGGCCUUGGACGGCCCGGGCAGGACGGCCGCGCUGGUGGGCACCCAUGGGUUCCUGUACCGCUUCCAGCUGCGGCGCGGCACGGGCGGCAGCGAGGUGGCCGUGUGGCGGUGCGGCGGCGGCACCGGGCCGUGGCACGGCUGCGGCAGCCACCCCCUGCCCGAGCGGGCCGGGCUGCAAUGUGCCGCCCUGGGCGGCCUCGUCCACUGCCUGGGCCGCGGCUUCCACCUCCGCUUCCCGGCCGACCCCGGCGCGCCGCGCUUCGGGGCCCAGGAGCUGCGGCCCUUCCCGGAGCCCCACGGCAGCCUCCUGCCCGCCGUGCUGGUGCUGCCCGAGGGGGGCACGGAGCCGCCGCCGCCCUGA